GGUUCUAUAUCGUCAUUCUCACGAAUUACAAAACCCUACAACAAUGGCUGUCUCUUCAAUCCAUGUAUUGGCUAUCUUCUCUUUCGUUCUCGGCCAUUGUUUAUUCCUUAACAUUGAAGCCACCCACCAUGCUUACAGAAACCUUCAGAGUACUGUAUCUUCUUCUUCCUCAAAUCAACCUUACAGAACUGGUUUCCACUUCCAACCUUCCAAGAAUUGGAUCAACGAUCCUAACGGACCAAUGAGAUAUAAGGGACUAUACCAUUUGUUCUAUCAAUACAAUCCCAAAGGAGCUAUUUGGGGGAACAUUGUGUGGGCUCAUUCUGUAUCAAAGGAUCUUGUAAACUGGACCCCACUUGACAAAGCCAUCUACCCCUCUCAGCCGUCCGAUAUCAACGGCUGUUGGUCAGGAUCAGCCACGAUCUUUCCAGAUGGCAAGCCUGCCAUUCUAUACACAGGAAUUGACCAAAAUAACAACCAAGUCCAAAACUUGGCCUAUCCCAAAAAUGCCUCAGACCCCUACCUCAGGGAAUGGAUUAAGAUCCCACAAAACCCCUUGAUGGCUCCCGCUAGUUCUAAUGGAAUCAAUUCUAGCUCAUUCAGAGACCCUACGACUGCUUGGCUAGGCAAAGAUGGGCACUAUAGAGUCCUAGUUGGGAACAAAAGAGACACUACAGGGAAGGCACUACUAUAUAGAACUAAAGAUUUUGUUCAUUGGGUUAAAGCCAAACAUCCUCUUUAUUCUGCUAAAGGCACUGGAAUGUGGGAGUGUCCUGAUUUCUUCCCUGUCUUGUCUAAGUCCAUGUUUGGGGUUGAUACUUCUUUUGAUGGACCUUAUGUUAGGCAUGUGCUUAAGGUUAGUUUGGAUGAUAAAAAGCAUGAUUACUAUCUCAUUGGGACUUAUGAUGCAAAGAAGGAUAAGUUUAUCCCGGAUAGCGGAUUCCAGAAUCUUGACUCUUUCUUGAGGUAUGAUUAUGGAAAAUAUUAUGCCUCCAAAACGUUUUUUGAUGAUGCAAAGAAGAGAAGAAUUUUGUUAGGAUGGGCUAACGAAUCCUCAAGCGUUGCUGAUGAUCUCAAUAAAGGGUGGUCAGGGAUUCAUGCAAUUCCAAGGGCCAUUUGGCUUCACAAGUCAGGGAAACAACUGGUGCAAUGGCCGGUGCCUGAAAUUGAGAAGCUACGUGCAAAACCAAUCAGCUGGCCAAUCAAAGUGCUCAAGGCUGGUCAGCUCCUCCAAGUCACUGGUAUCACAGCUGCACAAGCUGACGUAGAAGUUUCAUUUGAAGCAAAAGGGUUUGAGAAGGCAGAAGUAUUGGACUAUUGGAUGGACCCACAAGUUCUGUGUAGCAAAAAGGGUGCAGCAGUAAAAGGUGAAUUAGGACCUUUUGGUUUGCUUGCUCUUGCUUCAAAGGACUUGAAAGAAAACACUGCUGUCUUCUUUAGAAUCUUCAGAUACCAACACAAACCCUUGAUCCUUUUCUGUAGCGACCAAAGCAGGUCUUCAUUGAAUAAAAAUAAUGAUCUCACCACUUAUGGAACCUUUCUUGAUGUUGACCCUUCUCAUGAGAAUCUCUCUCUUAGAAGCUUGAUUGAUCGCUCAGUAGUGGAGAGUUUUGGAGGAGAAGGCAAGGCAGUGAUCACAGCCAGAGUUUACCCCACUUUGGCAAUCAAUGAUGAGGCACAGCUCUAUGUCUUCAAUUAUGGAUCUGCUAAUGUCAAGAUCACCAGAUUGAAUGCUUGGAGCAUGAAGAAAGCACAAAUCAACUGAGCCAAAAAAAAAAAAAACAAAUAAUAAUAAUAAAGGGAUCCAAUUUAUUAGAAUGAACUUUGAGGAAUAAGUAUCUUUCAAGGACUGAGGCAUAUAUACGAGGCUUUUGAGUCCUUCUGUGUGAUGCAACUUUUGCUUUGAUGAAGUUUACUCAUGGGUUCUCUCCUCAGCACAAUUUUUACAUUCAUCUGUAGCACUUGUAAUUAGAAAUUGAUCAGGAAUAUGUUUGUAAACAAGUUAAUUUACGCUUGAUAUUAUUGUCAAUUUGUAGUACCGUUUAUUCUCACAAAUUUAAUUGAAGUUUCGGUUUGAUCCACUA